AUGGUUGAAAAUACAACUUUUUAUGAAACUCUUAGUGAAGAUGAAACUUCUAGUGAAGAUGAAAUCAUUGAAGUCUCAUCAACCAACCCAAGAAAGAGACAAAGAGUAGGUACUUCUGAAAAUCAAACUGUUGUUAAUAAUAAUUUUACAAUAGUGUAUGUGACCAACAACAAUAUCGAUAACAGAAUUGUUGACAAUUCCGUGAUUUCUAGGAAAACUAUAAAUAUUCCAGAAUUUACAUUUACACAUAACCAACACAAUGAUCUAGAUACUUUAAGAAUGAUUAGAGAUAUUGAUAAGUAUGUAAACAAUAAUCCAUUAAUUUUUGCUGAGAAAAAUGGUGAUGGGGAGGCCAAUUUCGACCAGAUAUGCGAUGGUAAUUCGAUUCACAAUAAAGAUAUACAAUAUAAGGAUGAACACUACCUGAGUGAACAAGAUGAUGAAUACUGUGAAAGAAAUACUAAAAAUGAGAAUCCGUUCAUUGAUGAUUCGCAAAAUGCUUCGGGUUACUUCUGUGAAAGGCAUCUUCCACUUAAAAGACUAUUCCAAGGGCAAAAAGGAACUCGAAAUCUUUUUGGUAUGCUUAACAAAGUUAACAGAAAUGCUUCUGAUACUCUUUCUCCAUUCGAAGAGUUAGUGCUAAUUUUUGCAGAAAUUGGUGCUCCGCUUUCACUCUGGGAAAAUAGGAAAUUCAUAGGAGUAUUUGAGGAAUGUUUCGAUGGUUUUUCAGUCGAGAAUAAUAGGAAACAAGCAUCUGAAAUUAUUAAAGAAACCUCAGAUAGAAUAGUAAAAUAUUUCAAAUUACAAUUACAAAAAUGUGAUUCUUUCAGACAUAAUGUCAUUAUUGAAUACCCACAAAAACGUUUUAGUUUAGAAUCUGAAAUCAAUUCUAGAUUCACGAAACUGAAGUAUAUGACACCUCCAUACAUAAGCAUGGAAGUGGACGAUUGGAAAGCAGAUACCGGUAUAUCAUUUUCUUCUGUAAUUUUUAAUUUUACCAUGGACUUCUACAAGAAGGGUGCUUUUCAAGCCAAAUAUACAAGGUUUAGAUCUGGAGUAAAAUUAUUUAAUAAACAAUUACUAGUUUCAACCUGUGAUGAGUACAACGCAAAUGAAUUGUGGACAAAUAGCUGUACAUAUAACGCAUCAGAUAUUUUACAUUGCAGUUCUGAACUAGUUGGAAAUCCAAAAUAUCCUGUCUUUGCGGGUCAUGUCGAAUGCUUAUAUCACAUUUUAGGCCUUAUUUGCGAGGAAGUUAUCAAAUGCAUAUGUUUACAAGAUUCCUCCUCUGAAGAUAGCUUAGAUGCUUACAUGACUGAAGAUGAAUCAGAUGACAAUGAUUCAUUGCAAGAGGAUAUUUCUGGAUUCUCAAGGUUAAAUAUAUCUUCUUUGGUUUCUGACCCAUUUGUUGGAAAAGCCCCUACAGUUCUUGCUAAGUUGGUUAGAUUAGGUACAGAAUUGAAGAAAUCUGAUGUCAGGUUGCACAUAUAUAAGAAAUUCGUAUCAAAACAGAUACCUUCUUACUGCUCGGUGAGCUGGGACAUAAAAUACAAUAUUUUAAAAACAUUUGUUGAUAACCAAGAAGACAUCUUUAGAUUUUUUGACCAUUGUAGAACUGAAGGAAUUCAUAUAGCUAAUGAAUUGGAUAUAAACGAUUUUGAAAUAGCCGAAUUGCUAGUGAAUAUAUUGAGUCCCUUUGAACAGUUAGCCGAAUUUAUGUCUCAGGAUAUUAGUUUAUCAUCAGUUUAUAUUCGUACACUUCUUUUUGCCAAGUCAACUAUAACGGAUUCUAGUCAAUUACUAAAAGAGAUGGAUAAUGAUAGGAUAGAUUUGUCUCCGGCGGUUAAAUUAGUAGACAAGUAUUUACAACAGGCUAGGGCUAAUUUCGACAUUAUAUAUACUUGCUCAUUAUUCUUUCCUUUCAAAAAGGGAGUAUUCCAAUAUUAUGAAGAUGAGUUUAAAGAGAAAUUAAAUCCUGUGCAUCGAUUUGCUGAUAUUUUAAUACAGCUAGGUAAGUUCAAUUUCCAAGAAUCCGAGGGUGUCAAAGUUAAUGAAACACUUAUUGACUCUACAUAUGAUAUUUUCGACGACGAAAUUCCCUCAGGUAAUGAAGAAUUAAAUUCAAAGGAACAAGUAUCAGAUGCAGUAAGGCGUCAUCUUAUUGUUAAAAUAAAAUAUGAAAUGAGCAGAUACAUAGAUUUUAAUAGUGAACACUACAAUACUCGCCUGACAGAGAUAUGUAAGAAGAAAAACAUUGUAAUAGAAAAAUUAGAGGGUAAAUAUAGUUACAAAAGGAUUGUUAAAAUCGAUGAUAAACCUGAGAGAAAAUUGGAUAUUACAAAAUCUGAAAUUUUUUUGGUUGAAACUGAAGCCUAUUUAGAGAUGCAAAAGUUUUACCGAGAAUGUACAAGAAGCAGUAAUACUGAAGUUUCGUCCCACAAAUAUUUGCCAGUAGUAAUGGAUUACCUGUUAUCAUUUGCUGUAACAUCGGUUAAUGCAACGAGAACUUUUUCUAUGCUGCAAUGGAUGUACGAUGAGCAGCAACACAUAGUAGAUGUUUCGACUGCUUUUGCUACUGCCAAUUUAAGUAGAAUGGCCAAUUCAAACCUAAAUCUAAGUGUGUAUGAGCCUUUUGAAGAUAAAUCUUUGGACGAAGUCAUUUGGAAUAAGAAGAAGGUAUGGAUGUAG